AUGCAAGCCAGCCCCCGCCACCUCUCGUUCCAGGCACCGUUCCGGCCGAAACGCAAGUCCAAGUACCAGUCCGUUGGUAAUUCCCUCAGUCUCUUAGCUGGUUUCCAGCUCAAUGCGCCUGGCCGUAGAAAAUUUGUUGACGUUCUGCUCAAUAGCCAUGCAGGUCGUCUACAAUUGGACUCGGCCUCAGAUAUCACUAUCAUCUCUGAGAGACUCUGGCAGUCCCUCGGCAGCCCCACGAUGCAGCUGACUUCCCAGUCCGCCACAAGCGCGUGUGGUGGUCUCCUUCAGCUAAUUGGGCAACUGCAAUGCUGUGUGUCGUUCCGCGGUAAAAGCAUCACUGCGAUCUGCUACAUCACCAAGUCUGAUCUAAACCUACUUGGUCUCGACUGGAUUGAACAACUUGGUUUGGCCGAUAUGCCGCUCCGCGUUGUUUGCAGUCAGGUGCAGAUUCCCGCUGUGCUUGCCGACCAAGCCAAGGACAUUCUCCAUCAGUUUGUCUCAGUGUUCCAAGACGGCCCGGGUCGUUGCACAUACACUCAAUCCGUGCCACAUCUGACUCCUGGAAGUCAACCAGUUUUCCGUCCAAAGCGACCAGUCCCAUAUGCAGCCCUACCACUUGUCGAGGCUGAAUUGAAGCGUCUAGAGGAAUUGGGAGUUCUGGUUACUGUGUCCUACUCCUCCUGGGCCGCUCCAAUCGUUGUGGUUAAGAAGCCCAAUGGCUCGACCCGCAUUUGUGCUGACUUCUCCACCGGUCUCAAUGCCGCACUGACACCGAACUGCUAUCCAUUAAGGGUUCCGGCUGAUCUUUUCACCCUGCUGAAUGGCGGCACUUACUUUGCCAAGUUGGAUCUCGCUGAUGCGUAUCUGCAGAUCGAGGUCGCCCCUGAGUCGCGCGAAUUGUUGGCCAUCAGUACCCACCGCGCUCUGUUCCAAUACACCAGGCUGCCCUUUGGUGUCAAGACCGCCCCGGCCCCAUUCCAACAAACGAUGAACGCAAUGCUCUCCGGCAUCCCUGGCACAGCUGGACGACAUCAUCAUCGUGGGUCGCUCCCCUGCCGAGCUGCAAGACCGAGUGUGCGCAGUACUCGAAGGCGUGCAGGAAUAUGGCUUUCGCCUACUGGCCGACAAGUGCCAAUUCUUCCUCGACUCCAUCAAGUACCCCGGAUUCGUUUUUGA